AUGGCAAUAUCAGCAUCUCAAUGGACCAACGAGGCAACUGUUGCGACGAGACGAGCCCUUUAUACCCUUCUUGCCGGCCUAAUCAUCUCUAUGUAUGGGCUAUACGUUGAAAUUCGCUUUGAAAUGGACCACGAGUACUCGGCAAUGUGCGAUGUCUCGCCUCUGGUCUCAUGCACCAGGGUACUCACUUCCAAAGACAGCUCAGGUUUUGGCAUUAUAGGACCACUGCUUGGAGAAGACAGUCCUCUCAAUCAGUUAACAAGAAAUUAUAUUGGGUCGACAUAUUUGACGCUGCUGAAUCUUGUGAUUUUUACCGUUGCAGUUCUGGUGAAAUUGCGUGCUGUCUGCCUUGUAUGCAUCUCGACCUACGCUGUGAAUGCCUUGUUCCUUUACUUCACCGCCAAACGAUGUCGUGCACUUGCACAAGUUGCCAACAUAAACAACGACAAGAAACGCAGAUAG